AUGGAUGAGUUAAGAAGUGAAAUCACAGGAAAAAUGGUUGAAGAAUACCUUGAGUCACUAAGGCUCGAGAAGGGGAUGUUACAAAAUCAGUCUAGGAGAGUGGCUGGUUUACAUGAAAUAGACCCUGUAACAACCCUUUCAGCCAAGUUUGAUGCACUGUCCACUUUAGUGAGAUCCCAAGGACAAGCCAUUGAGGCAAAAUUGUCUCAGCCUCAAGUUUCAAUACCUACACCUCAAGUGCCAGUGACCCAACCUCAAGUCAAUGCAGUGAACACAGGUGAAACCUGUGUUUGCUAUGGUGGGCCCUAUUUGUUUGGUAGCUGCCCAUCCAACCCAGAAUCUGUGUAUUAUGUGGGGAACCAAAAUAGGAAUCAAAAUAAUUUUCCCAAUAACUUUAACCAAGGUUGGAGGCAGAAUCAACAGCCCCAAUAUUUCCAAAGGCAUGGGCAGCAAGCUGGCCCCUCCAAUGCUCAAACCAAAAUGCCUUUUCCCACCCAGAACUACCAACAAACUUCAAGGCAGCAAGUUGUUGUUCAACCUAGUGAGAUUCCUAUUGCUCCACCUUCUUCCUUAGAAGCUUUGUUAAGGGAAUAUUUGGUUAAGAAUGAGACUAAGCAAAACAGUUUGGAAGUUGUUGUCCAAAGUAUUCCUGCAUCUUUGAGGAAUAUAGAAUCCCAACUAGGCCAUUUAGCAAACACUAUGAAUACCAGACCCCCUGGUACCCUGCCCAGUAACACUGAAGAGCCUAGGAGAAAUAAAGAGCAAUGCAAUAUGAUAGAGCUCAUAAAUGGCAGAUCUAUAAAUCAGCCAGAAGUUGUGAAUUCUGUUGUUCAUGAUAGCCCUCAAGGGGCUGCGCAUAGUGACCCCUUGCCCAUUCUGGUUGAAUCUGACAAUCAGACCCCUAUAGAUGAGCCUUUAAGGAAUAUUUCCAUGGAAAAAUCCUCUCCAAGGGGUUCGGCACCUAAGCCAAAUAAUGAGACACAUGCUGCCUCAAAAAGACCCCCACCACCUUUUCCUCAAAGGUUACAAAAACAGAAGCAAGAUAAUCAGUUUAGGAAAUUUCUAGACCUCCUAAAGCAGUUGCAUGUCAACAUUCCAUUUGUGGAUGCAUUAGAACAACUGCCCACUUAUGUGAAAUUCAUGAAAGAAAUUCUUUCAAGAAAAAGGAGGCUAGAAGAGUUUGAGACUGUUGCUCUUACACAAGAGAGUAGUCAAUAUUUGCUUAGAAAGAUACCUCCUAAACUAUGA